AUGGCCGUCUCGUUGUCCUGCCCUAGCGCAGGCCUUGCAGCCUCGAGGCCGCUAGGCCUGAGCCGCAGCUUCCUGCUGCUGCUACUGCUGCUGCUGAACUCGGGUUACAAAGGAGACAGCACCAAACCAGCUUGUGGCCAACCUUGGUGGCCGAAGAAUUUGGACAUGUCCCGCCAUUGGCCCUGGGAAGUGAGCCUCCGAGUGGAAAAUGAGCACGUGUGUGGAGGGGCCCUCAUUGACCUCAACUGGGUGGUGACUGCUGCCCACUGCAUCCAAGGCACAAAAGAGUAUUCAGUGCUUCUUGGCACCUCCAAGCUGAUGCCCCCGAAUGCCACGAGAACCAUCUUGAUCCCUGUGAGGGACAUCAUUAUGCAUCCCAAGUACUGGGGCCGGACCUUCAUCAUGGGUGAUGUGGCCCUUCUCCAACUUCAUAGUCCUGUCAUCAUCACCAAGUAUGUGCAGCCCAUCUGCCUUCCGGAGCCCAACUACAGCCUGAAGGUUGGGACACAGUGCUGGGUAACUGGCUGGGGCCAGGUUAAACAGCGCUUCUCAGCCAACUCCACGCUGGCCCCAGAUCUGCAGGAGGCCGAGGUGUUUAUCAUGGACAACAAGAAGUGUGACCAGAUUUACCGCAAGAAGUCCCGCAUCCCCCGCGUUGUCCCCCUUGUGCUGGGGGAUAUGAUUUGUGCCACCAAUUACAGAGAAGACUUGUGCUCUGGGGAUUCUGGGGGCCCAUUGGCUUGUGAAGUCGAGGGCAGAUGGAUUCUUGCUGGGGUGUUGUCCUGGGAAAAGGCCUGCGCCAAAGUACAUAAUCCGGGCGUGUAUACCCGUAUCACCAAAUACAGCAGAUGGAUCAAGAAGCAAAUAAGCAAUGGGAUUCUCUCAGUUCCCUGCACCUCUGCCUGGCUGCUACUCCUGUUCUGGCUGCUGCAGCCCCAGAUGGGCCCCUGA